ACUCAAAGUCUCAAACCUCCGCUUUUGAAAAUCACCAAAGGAAACGUCAUCGUAAGCAUCAAUGGUUGCUCUCUCCACACCACCACCGCAACAACCAUCAUCAACUACCACACAAGAUGGAACCAUCUCUACUCUCCACCCCGACAUCCUCCAGACUCAUAUUCUCACCCUCCUAGACGGCCCAACCCUGGCUGCUACAGCCUGUGCAUCAUCAGAAUUAUAUGCUCUCUCUACAGAAGAUAAACUCUGGCGAAAUAUCUGCACUUCCUCUUGGCCAUCCAUUAAUGAUCCAACUGUCAGUAGCAUCAUCUCCACCUUCUCUUCCGGGCACCGGUCAUUUUUCUCAGACUCAUACCCUCUCCUCCACCACCACCAUCACAGCUCAUCGUUUCUGACAACAAGCACUGAAUAUCUUGUCUCGGCAGUUGAUAUUUAUUACAAGGAUGUUGCUAUUUUCUCAAAAGUUGAAAAGAAUGAGACUUUGACUGAUUGGUUCAAGUGCUCUCCCUUCAGGGUCGACAUGCUCGAGCCCAAAGAGUUUGUGCAGACAUUGAUACAAUAUCAAACAGGUGAAAAAGACUCGUUUGUGAAGCAACUUGAAGAAAAUAUGACGUUAAGUUGGAUUUUGAUUGAUCCAAAAAGAAGAAGGGCUAUGAAUUUGUCAAGUGGGAGGCCAGUGUCAGUGCAGAGGCACUGGCUAACUGGGGAAGUGGUGGUGAAGUUUGCCACCAUAAUGGCCGGAGAUGGAGGGGAGAAGGAGUUUGUGGAGUGUGGAGUGAUGGUUUGUUGUGGGAAGAAGGAAGGAGGGGAGAUGGAGGUGAGAGAGAUAAGUAUGGGAAUGGAGGACAUGGAAGGGAGGAACUUGACCGGGAAGGAGAGUUUGGUAGUAAUUCAAGAAGCAAUGGAGAGAGGGGAGAGGAGGAAAGGGAAAUGUGGGACGGAAGGGAAAGGAAGGUAUGAGGAAUUUGUAGAGAGGAAGAGGGAGAGGAAAGCAAGGAAGCAGAAGAUGGAAAAGGUUUUGGACAUGGUUUGCAUUGUUACUGGGAUCACCAUUUUUGUGUCUUCUUGGUCCUUCAUUUUGUUCAGCUAGUAAAUGGCAGAAGAAAGGACAAAGGAACACCGGCAAGAAGCCGGCCAGUAAAUUACAGCAGCUGGCCUGUGAAUCUCGAGUAGCUGUGCCGGCAUUUGUUCCUCCAAAAUUUUCAUGCCUUCUUGGCCAGCUCUUUUGGAGUCUCUGUGAUUUUCUUUCCCCCCUUCCUUUUAAUGAUUCGGUUGCCAGCUAAAAAUGAGAAAUUUGCUUUCAUAUUUUUUAUUUCACUCUUAAUUUCUCCUGAUGGAUUAAUAAAGAAAGUUAAUGUUUAUCAAACUAAGGUAUAAACAGUCCUUGAAUGCAUAAUUAUAAGAUCAGCAUCUGGUAUAAGUUUUGGAUUAUUUAUUAAGUAAAUUAACCCUAGUUAACCUCAAUCUUUUUAAACCCCAAAACAACAUCAUUUUAAAAAUAAAAUCAGUUUUUUUUUUUUUAUCAUUAUCCGGCUAGAUUAUAAGUUAACACAUCAAGAUUAACCCGCCAAGCCUAAUCAAUUCUUAUAAUCAAUAAUUAAUGGUGGUCAGACCGACAUGAAUUUAAAAUCUGGGCCAGUACUCUGUCCAAAACCUUUCAAAACUGGGUCUAGGUGGACCUCGUUUCUUCUACGUAGCACUCGUCUAUUGCCCAAUCUCAAUCUGGGCAAAAUUCAUAGCAGAAAGAGCAGCCCAUCUUCACCAUUCCACAAGUUUAGAGCUUGUGGAUAGCAUUUUCUUCAGUGUCCAUUAUCAAAUCAAACCAAAUCUAACCCCACGCUAUCCAGGCAGCUCCUACGUGGCAUAAUCCCAUUGAUCCCUGGCACUUCCAUGCAAUCUUUCUCUUCCACAAAAAUCUCCAUCUCAUACAAAAUACAAUCCUCUAAUCCCAUCGAUCAUCAUCACCACCAUUGUUCAUUUUUGGUACAGUCAAUCCUUCCAUAGCAACUUAACUACCAAGCAAAUAUGGCAGCAACAUUUGCUAGCCCAUCAGCUGUUGUAGGGUUAGGCAGUGGCUCACUUUCAUCCCCUUCUCGCAUUUCUUCACCCAAGAAAAU